AGUUAGGUUAGGUUUACAUUGAACAUGGAUAGCAAAGGCUUUUUAACAGCCAAUGACUCAUUUAUCUUCUCUCUGAUCUACCACAGAAGAAGCUUCCUGUUACAGGAAAUCAGGUUCACAGAAAGUAAUUCUCAAGCGAAAAGUACGUGUCAAGUAUGAAGGACCUUCUGUUAACUGUUCUGCUCCACUGUCUGAUAUCAGGCACAGGUAGUGAGAGCAAUCCCACUGAUCGAUACGGAUUAGAUGGAGAAUCUUUUCACCUGGAUGUUGAAGAAUACAACAACUUGACAUUCAGAAAGUUUGUGUGGAGCAAGAACACCAAAAUCAUAACGGAAUAUAAUCUGAAAACACAGGAUAUUGACUAUUACAAGAAUGAAGAAAAGAUGGAGUUUGAUAAGAAGACUUUCUCCUUGCUUAUUAAGAAGCUGGAGAAUACAGACAGUGGGCUUUAUAGAGCAGAAACAGUUCAAGAUGAUGGAGAAAGGAUUCAUGUUGUUACUUACAAGCUGAGAGUCCAAGCGGCUGUCCCUAAACCUAUGAUAAACCUCACAGAGACGUUGAACGCUAACGAAACGUGCAUUGUCACUCUGAACUGUUCAGUGGAGUACAGGGAUGAUGUUUUUAUUUACUGGGAAGAGACUGGGAUCAACAACACAAAGUCAAUCACUAAUGGUAGUUUCCUGGAGUACACUCCGGUCCCCAGCGCCGGCGAUGAAGAAUCCUUCACUUGCUAUGCAGAGAAUCGAGUCAGCAAGAACGCCACCAUCAUUAUGAAGAACAAGCUGACAUGCAGUCAACCAGGGCUUGUUUCAAACUCGCUAUGGGUAUAUAUCGGUCUAUCUGUUGGCAUCAUCUUCCUCCUCAUCAUCAUCUUCAUCUUCUAUUUCAUCCUUCAAAGAAACAGACAAACAGGUGAUGCAAAACUUUGUCCAGAGCUGAAACCGAGUCAAACAGAACCCAAAACCAAACUCCAGAAACGUGGUAUUGCAGGAUUUUCAAAUCUAAAAGUGGAAGAUUCAGUCAACACAACAUAUGCUACGGUUGGGGAGACUAAUCAGUCGACAUCAACACAGAAGCAAACAUCAUCCGUGUACGACCUUGUAAGGAAAGAUCAACUGAAUCAGCCCACAGACCUUCCCCCAGACAACAAAACCAUCUAUGCUUCUGUUCAAAAAACAAGUAUAGAAAGCAAUUGUUCAACCACAAUUAAGAAGUCAAAAAUAAGGUAACAUGCAGUAUGUGAUAUGCCGUCACAUGUUACACUGUUCAGAGUUUGAUGUUGCUGUCAUUCUAAAUCAGGAAAUUUAAUUUUAACUAAGCAAAGAAUGUUUUAAAAAAAUGUGUGACACUUUCCAUUAAGAGUCUCUAAUGACGGUGUAUUUACAUAGUAGUUACUUAGUAAAUACAUAUGUGCUUACACAUCAUCACUAGCUCUUUCUGAGCACUGACUAAACUUUCGGGAACACCCUGAUUAUAAAUGGGAUGGCUAAGCCGUUUCCCCACCAAAUACACCACCACAAACAGACAAAAAUCACACAAGUUUACACCCCUUACGUUUCCUCCUGACUGCUCGGAAGCAGAGCACCUCUUCUGCCUCCUUCUACUCAGCAGCCCUGAACAAACUGACUGCUCUCCUUUUAUACCCUGCACCUGGUUCUAAUUUAAUAAUGAUCUCCAGGUGCAGGGAAUAAUUAAGCAAUGGAACUGAUUAACAACAAAGCAAAAUACAAUUAAAUUAAACAAAUGUGCAUUCCGCACAUUUUUUUUCCUUCAGGGAGGCUUUAACCCCCUCGCUGCUGUCUUACAGCAGUGUGGAGUAGUGGUUAGGGCUCUGGACUCUUGACCGGAGGGUCAUGGGUUCAAUCCCAAGUGGGGGACACUGCUGCUGUACCCUUGAGCAAGGUACUUUACCUAGAUUGCUCCAGUAAAAAACCCAACUAUAUAAAUGGGUAAUUGUAUGUAAAAAAAAAAGUGAUAUCUUGUAACAAUUGUAAGUCGCCCUGGAUAAGGGUGUCUGCUAAGAAAUAAAUAAUAAUGGAGUGAUCUAUAAAAUGCUGCAGCUAGAACUUUAACUCGGGUCAAGAGGCGAGAGCAUAUCACCCUGGCGCUGGCAUCUUUGCAUUGGCUACUGGUUAGUUCUAGAAUAGAUUUUAAGGUGUUGAUGCUAACUUAUAAGGCUGUAAAUGGUGUCCCAUCUCCACACCUUAAAGAUCUUUUGGAACUCUAUGUCCCCAGUCGCCCUCUCCAGUCACUGGAUGCUGGCCUACUGUCUGUACCGAUUAUUCCGAAAAAAACUUCAGGUGGUAGAUGUUUUAGUUAUAUGGCACCUAAACUAUGGAACAAUGCCCAUCAUAAUUAGAAAAGCCUCUUUAGUCAAUGUCUUCAAAUCUACCCUAAAAACCCAUUUCUAUAGUCUGGCAUUUUCAUCCAGGUGAGCUGAUAUCCUCUUGCUAUAUAUAUAUAUAUAUA